AUAAGAGCAUUCCAUAAAAAAAAACAAAAGAAGUACUCGAUACGGCUAUAAUCUCCUGCUUCGCACACAGCUUGUUUCUUCUUAGCCAACUGCUUCUAGUUCUGCUGUAGUCUCUCUCUCUCUCUCUCUCUCUCUCUCUCUCCCUCCCUCUGUGGCACACGUGUAUACUGAUUGCUCACUGUGUGUGAGGCUGCGAACCAAUGGCGGAAGGAAGUGAUGGCUGGAGCUUGCUGUGAACAUUUUGAAAUGAAGUUCAAUGUCUAAGAUUUAGAUGUGUAUUGAUAGCCUGAGCCAGGAUGGUUAAAUUUGGAGUUUUGGUCAAAUUUUUUAUGUGUUUGAGGUUUCAUUCCUUCACGAAUGAAACGCUUACCUGAUGACUGACGUGAUAUUCUGCUCUAAAUUCUGCUAAAUCUUGUUCAUUGAUAAGCAUCUGUUACUUAGAUUUAAUGCCUAUCCAUACAUGCUAAAUUUAUCCAGAGGAAAAAGGCAAUUUAAUAGAAAUGACUGGUGAUCGGAGGAGUGGGAUACAUUUUAGCAGACUUUACUCAUUUUCGUUAGUACGUUCAAUUGUCAGAAAUGAGCAUAGCCAAAUUGGGAAGAAAGGUUAUUCGAGGGUUGUGUAUUGCAAUGAUCCUAAUAAUCCAAAGCAGCUUCAGCUUAAGUAUAGUAGUAAUUAUGUGUCUACGACGAAGUACACGGUGCUCAAUUUUGUUCCCAAGUCGUUAUUCGAGCAGUUUCGGAGGGUUGCAAAUAUUUAUUUCCUUCUUGUAGCUUUACUCUCGUUUAGUCCUCUGGCAGCUUAUUCAACUUCCAGUACUCUUGCUCCAUUGUUGGUGAUGAUUGCAGCAACAAUGAUAAAGGAAGGGGUUGAAGAUUGGAGGCGAAUGAAGAAGGACAUUGAGGCUAAUAAUCGGAAAGUGAAAGUUUAUGGUAGAAAUCAUAAUUUUGAAGAAACCAGGUGGAAAAAAUUACAAGUCGGCGAUCUUGUCAAGGUAGACAAAGAUGAAUAUUUUCCUGCAGAUCUGUUUCUGCUUUCGUCGAGCUAUGAGGAUGGGAUUUGUUAUGUUGAAACUACAAAUCUAGAUGGUGAGACUAAUCUCAAGGUGAAGCAUGCUUUAAACGCUACAGCUGGUCUGCAUGAUGACCAUUCCUUUCUGCAUUUCAAGGCAUUGAUCAAGUGUGAGGACCCAAAUGAGGAUCUUUAUUCAUUUGUUGGAACCCUGUUUUAUGAAGGUCAGCAGCACCCACUUUCUCUACAACAGUUUCUUUUAAGAGAUUCUAAACUUCGGAAUACAGGCUAUGUCUAUGGUGUGGUUGUUUUUACUGGUCACGAAACAAAAGUUAUGCAGAAUGCUACAGAUCCUCCUUCUAAGAGGAGUAAGAUUGAGAGAAAGAUGGAUAAGAUAAUAUAUAUCCUUUUUAGUAUUAUGAUUUUAAUAUCAUUUUUUGGUUCUAUUUUUUUGGGGAUUGAGACUAAGAAUGACAUUCGUGAUGGGAAGUUAAAGAGGUGGUAUCUCCGACCAGAUAAAUCAACUUUCUUAUAUGACCCAAAAAGAGCAGAACUGACUGCGUUCUUUCAUUUUUUGACUGGACUUAUGUUGUAUGGAUUUUUGCUACCGAUAUCAUUGUACGUGUCCAUUGAAAUUGUGAAGGUUUUACAGAGUAUAUUCAUUAAUCAAGACCAAGAUAUGUAUUAUGAGGAAACUGAUAAGCCAGCACAUGCUCAAACAUCUAAUUUGAAUGAGGAACUUGGUCAGGUAGGUACUAUACUCUCUGACAAGACUGGUACACUGACAUGCAACUCAAUGGAGUUUGUUAAGUGUUCAAUAGCGGGAAUAAGUUAUGGACGUGGAAUGACAGAAGUAGAGAGGGCUCUAGCUAAGAGAAAAGGGAAUGUGCUACCUGAGGAUGGAUAUACUUCCCCUGAUAUACAAAGCUUUAAUGAUGAGUACAUGGACUCAGGAAAAUCAUGCAAAGGUUUCAACUUCAAAGAUGAGCGAGUUAUGAAUGGUAAAUGGGUUCAUGAAUCUCAUGCACAUGUAAUACAGAAGUUCUUUAGAGUUUUAGCACUUUGCCAUACAGCCAUUUCGAACAUAGACCAAGAAACAGGAGAAAUAUCAUAUGAGGCUGAGUCACCAGAUGAAGCUGCCUUUGUCAUAGCUGCAAGGGAGCUUGGCUUUCAGUUUUAUGAAAGGACGCAAACGACCAUCUCUUUGCAUGAACUAGAUUAUGAGAGUGGCCAAAUAAUUGACAGCCACUAUGAUUUCUUUUCUCUUUUAUAUUCUUUCUUCUUAUUCCUAGUUCGUGGUGGGGUCCAGACAGCUAACUCAAGCAACAUGAACUCAAGUUACCAAUUAUCCACCCAUCCUACUCUUAUAUGCUUCACAGCCAGUUGGAAAAUUCGUAUCCAACCAUUUGGUAAAGGGGAAUUUACCUAUGCAUUUGAUAUUGGUGUCACCAGUUACAUCUACCAGUCUAAAAAAUUUGGCAUGUCUCUGAUUAUCAUUCGUCCUGAGGUAACUGAGAUGUGGCUCAGCGAAAGCCUACAAAACCAUUGUAUCAUGCACAAUGGGGAAUUUGACCAAGGAAAACUAAUGAAGAGAGUUUCAAAUACGAAACACAACUUUGUUUUACGGAAAGAUGUUGUGGUUUCAAGAGAACUUCUAUAUAUUUUCAUGAAAAAAAUUAUAUCAGAUUUGGAAUUUAAUUCUAAGGCUGUCCUGGGAAUUUACCUGCAUAAAGUUUACUUGGCUGUUAGAGUACUCCUGAGAGGCAUUACAUCUGCUAAAUCUCAAUGGAGGAUUGUACCUGGAAAUGCAAGCUCUGUCCCCCUCACACUAUAUUUUGAAUUAGGGGCUUUGGAACGGAUCCACAUCGGGAAGAUAAAGAGAAUUGCAAACACUCAUAUCGAUGGUUGUGAGACAGCAGAUGAUGUGGGAGGUCCCGGUUCUUUUGGUUUGAUAAUCGAUGGAAAGUCAUUAUCUUUCAUUCUCGACAAAAAUCUGGAGCAUGCAUUUUUUGAGCUUGUGAUUAAUUGUGCAUCUGUGAUAUGCUGCCGCUCCACACCUAAACAGAAAGCUCUUGUUACGAGAUUGGUGAAAAUGGGAACAGGCAAGACAACAUUAGCAAUUGGGGAUGGGGCAAAUGAUGUAGGCAUGCUUCAAGAGGCUGAUAUUGGGGUUGGCAUCAGUGGCGUAGAAGGCAUGCAGGCUGUGAUGUCUGCUGAUAUUGCCAUAGCGCAGUUCCGGUUUCUCGAACGUCUGCUGUUGGUUCAUGGUCACUGGUGUUAUAGGCGAAUAUCUAUGAUGAUAUUCUACUUCUUCUACAAGAACAUUGCUUUUGGGUUCACUCUAUUCUGGUUUGAGGCAUAUGCUUCCUUCUCUGGCCAACCUGCUUAUAACGAUUGGUACAUGUCACUCUACAAUGUAUUCUUCACUUCCCUUCCUGUGAUUGCUCUUGGAGUUUUUGAUCAGGAUAUCCCUGCUCGGCUUUGCCUUCAGUAUCCUUUGUUAUACCAAGAGGGAGUGCAUGGCAUGCUCUUCAGUUGGAUGCAUAUUCUUGGCUGGAUGUUAAAUGGUGUUAUUAGUUCGAUAUUCAUCUUCUUCUUCACCACCAACUCUGUCCUACAUCAGGCUUUCCGUAGAGAUGGCCAUGUUAUUGAUUUUGAGGUACUUGGAGUUAUGAUGUAUACUUGUGUCAUCUGGACCGUGAACUGUCAAAUGGCACUGUUUGUUAACUACUUCACUUGGAUCCAUCAUUUCGUCAUCUGGGGUAGCAUCGCCUUUUCUUAUGUAUUUUUACUGGUCUACGGCGCUAUGUCGCCUAUAAUAUCAACAACCGCCUACCAGGUUCUUGUGGAAGCCUGUGCUCCAAGUCCCUUCUAUUGGUUGGCAACACUUCUUAUUGUUGUUUCCACUUUAUUACCGAAUUUCAUGUACAGGGCUUUUCAAAUUCAGUUUCAUCCUACAUACCAUGACAUUAUUCAAAGACGAAACUUGGAAGGUUCGGAGACAGCUGAGUCACAGAAGGGAACAGCUCGCAUGAAGGAUAAAUUGGGAGACCAAGAACCAUUGCUGGCUCAAUAAGUUUAACUUCUGUACAUGCAGACUUGCCCAGCGAGAUGGAGACGAAGGUACAGGAUAAAUGUUUCAAGAAUUUAACUUCGAGGCCGUAGGUUGUAGUCUCGAGCCUGUUGCUGUAGGUUUGCUGGAUAGACAGCAGGCAUGUAUUUCAAAUACUAAUUACAGUGAAUAGGUAAAAUGGAACUUAGCUGAGAAUAGAAACUUCGCAAUUUCUGUAUUUUUUAGGACUUGGAAUACCAAGAACCAUAGCUAAUAUGAAUCAACGAAUUAUUGAUUCUAUAUAUUUGGGUAUUCAUAGCAUCUACUAAUAUUUAAGUUUGUAUCUUCAUUCAUGUUUCUGCCAUGUAUUAAUCACCCUAUAUGUAUUUGUCUAAAUACCCAGGAAAAACGAAAGGGGCAUACUGUCACCGUGAAAUUGUCUUUU